AAUUUACAUUGCAGGAAUGGACUGUAAGCAGAGAGCAUCAUCCUUUCUUCUAAUUCAUAAAUAGUAAGAGCACAAAACUUUCAUUCUCAGAUCUCAGCUGGAGAAUCCAAGUUAGUUAUCUUGAACCAUGGCAAGAGCUACUUCUAGUCUUCUCCUGUUGCUCUCUGUCAUGUACCUUGCUGUCAAGUCCAAAUCUGCAACAAACUUCAUUGAGGACUCAUGCAGUGUUACCCCAUAUCCAGCACUGUGUGUCCUGACUCUCUCAUUUUAUGCUGCUAUGAUUCAGCAGAGCCCAUUCAUACUAGCUGAAACAGCUUUAUCAGUGGGGCUAGUCGAGUCUCAAUCCACCAAGGCAUUCAUGUCUGAGGUGACAAAGUUCAGGGGACUCAAGCCUAGAGAAUUUGAUGCCAUCGAGAAUUGCAUUGAUGAUUUGGGUGACAGUAUUGACAGUUUGAGCAAGUCAGUUCAAGAGAUGAAACAGAUGGGUGAUGCCAUUGCCAAGGAGCAGGAUUUCUCCAGCGGAGCCCUGGAAGGUCUUAUCAAAUCCUUGGGUAAAACUCAAGCUAUUAACAGUGCACAGGUCAUAAGUAAUGCACUGGCAUUGGUUGACUGGUUAGCCUCCAAGAAUUGAUCAGCUGAGAUGCUUUGAGAGGGGUUUCAGUUCCAUAUUGUAAUAAGGUUUCAAUUUGAUAUUCUAAACCAAAGGAGCAUCAAGAAAAUUUGUAUUCACUAUUAGCUACUUGUGGAUGGAGAUGUCUCCCUGGUGAAUGGUAUGCAAAGUUCAUUCGUCUAUAAUAAAUAAUUAUGGGGGCA